GUCAAUGGAUGUUAUAAAGGGAAGCUUAGAUGGAAUUUCAAAACCAGCCUCAAGUUCAAGAACACGUCCUGGGAGCAGAGGUUCAAAUUCUUCUUUGGAGGUACUCUCACCAGAACCAGCGUUUUUCAAGGUUGAUACAGCAAUCAAGUUGAACUCUGGUAAAGAGGGCCACUCAGAAAGCAGUAACACAGAGGAAAGUAGAAACGAUAAUGAUGAUAAAGGGGGAAACUACUCUGAGAAAAUAAAAUUGGCUGAAGAGGGGUCAGAUGAAGAUCUGUUGGUUCAACAUCAGAUAAUCUCUGAAUAUUCAGAUGAACCCGAAUUGAAAGAAUUAGAUUCUCAACUUCAAGAUGCUAUUCAGAAGAUGAAGCGGCUUGAUAAGAUAUUGGUGAAGAGACAAUACAGAGAAAGAGAAAUUAAGAGGCAAGGUGUAGAAAUGAGAAUAAAACUGUGGGAAAAACUUAAGUCUGCAAAAAAUAGUGAAGCUUUGCAAAGUAAUGAGGAGACGGAAAAUACAAAAAAGUUUCUGGCUUUGACUACUGCAUCAGAAGAAACUGUUGAUCCUUCUUGCUAUGAGCAUGAAGACUCAGUGUUUUUCUCGGUGUUUCACACCCAAGUCCCUCCAGAAGAAUAUGAAAAUCGUAUACAGAUUAUCAAUCAAGAUUUUACCUAUGAUGUGGAAAGAAAUGAGUCGUUGAUCAAAGCAGAAAAGAAACCUUACUCAAAUACAGAAAAGAUUGAGCUCAGGGGUAAACACAGCCAGGAUUUUAUUAAACGAAACAUUGAGUUGGCCAAGAAUUCAGGAAAACCGGGGGUUAUGACCGACAGAGAGAAGAAAAGGCUGAUUGAGCUUUUGAAGGACUUAGAUGACAGAGAUUCGGGACUGUCCAGUUCGGAGGGCGAUCGGUCUGGCUGGCUGCUCCCGGGAGAAGGCUACACACUUGCAGUCACUCAGCAUCAGCAGCUUGCUGAAAUCGAUGCCAAACUCCAAGAACUCUCUGCAGCGUCCCCAACAAUUUUCAGCUUUCCUCCAAGACUUGGAAAUCAGAAUGAUCAGGAACCUGACCUUAACAGUGACGACAGAAACACGGAAAUAACUCCGGGAGAAAAGGUACUUCGGGAAACCAAAGAGCAACGGGAUCAGCAAAAUCGGCUGAGAGAGAUAGAUGAAAAGCUGAGAGAGAUGAAGGAAAGUGUGUUAGAUUCAACAUCACUUCUCUCUGAGGAACAGUUAAGGUGUCUUCUGGAAGAAUGCACAUUCAAACAAAAAUCCAUGACUAGACUUUCUUCAGAAAAAGAAAAGAAAGACAUUGAGGAUAUAACACCUGAGUUCCCCCAGCCUUCCAGAUCUAUUCUCUCUGAGUUACUAAAUGGGUCAGAAACAAAGGUCAAAAGCACUGAGAUGGAAGAUACAAAUAUCCCUGAGAAUACAGAAUGUGAACCGUCUGGAGGCUACUAUCUCACCAAAGCCUUGACUGGGCAUUACGUGUCACAAGCUCUUGUCACAGAAGCAGAGAAUAUGAAAUGCCUCCAAUUUUCCAAGGACAAGGUUAUUAGUGACACAGAAGACUAUUUUAUGUUGAAGACUGUUGGCAUUGGGAGACUGAAAAAGCCCUCUUUCUUGGAUGAGCCAUUGUGUGGUAGCAGUGUAAGCCUUUCAUCUGAAGACCAACAUCUGAAACUCAGCCCUCCAGAGAAACCAAAAACAGAUGAACAGAAGACUGAGGAUGUGACAGAGGAAUGUAGAGAAUCUUAAGCAAAGACUUGCUGGAGUGCGCUUUUAAGAAAGUCGGUAAAUUAAGAAAGUUGGUAAAAAGUUAGAUGUUUUCCAAAUUCUUCGAGUUCAAUGAAUGCAUUAUAGAGAUCAUUCCUCAAAUAAUGAUUUUAAAAUUUGGAUUCUCUCUUUCUGAAUUACACUUCCUUGGUAUUUUUGAGACUUCUGGUAUAAGGGUUCAAUGGUUUUUCUUCAUUGAAAUUCCUGGGGAAAUUGUUUUUUAUGACUAAUCUUGCAACAUCAGGGAUACAUUAUGGAAAGCAACAUUUUAUGUAUGUGUGCUGGGUUAAAACUAAUUGAAGUGCUACGAUUGUUUUGUAUUUGAUUUUCUAUGUUACAACUUCAUUGUGAUUCAGACAGAUUUAAUCACUAUGAAUUUUUGUUUGGCCCUGUUUUCCUUCUUUCCUUCUUUCUAAUGCUUGUUAAGGAAGUACAACUGCCAUAGAAAGCAAUGAAUUUUCUCAACAAAGCGAUGUUAGGAUAGCCUUUACUAUCUUAUUAGCAAAGAUACUUGUCUUAAGCAGGAAUUUGACUGAAUUAUUUGAUAUAUUACUUUCAGUUUGUUAUCUUCUUUUGGAGUUUGCCUUUUAGAAUGCAGCAAAUAAAG